AUAAGUAAUAAAGGCUCAUAUGAAAGUAGACUAGAAAUUAAAUCGAAGGCUAUGUUUGACUUAGUUUCUUUUCUUUCCCCCCAUUCUUAUAUUCCUUCAACUAUUUCAGCUAAUGAUGCUGGCUACUUUAACAGUGAGAUGGUGCCAAUUGAGGUGAAGACAAGGAAAGGAAAACAGACCAUGCAGGUCGAUGAGCAUGCCCGGCCCCAAACAACCCUGGAACAGUUAAAUAAACUCCCGCCCGUGUUCAAGAAGGAAGGGACCGUUACUGCAGGGAACGCGUCGGGGGUAUCUGAUGGUGCUGGAGUUGUUGUCAUAGCUAGUGAGGAUGCUGUUAAAAAACAUAACUUCACACCACUGGCACGAGUUGUGGGCUACUUUGCGUCUGGCUGUGACCCCUCUAUCAUGGGUAUUGGUAAGUUGGUAGUUACAUACACUGGUUCUGCUCUAUUUCUGGAGCUAAGUCUUCUUUGUCAUUCUCAUUCCAGAAACAGUAGCCAAAUCAAGGUCAGUUGUGGAAAAGAGAUUGAUAAUCAGUCUUUUAAACAACCAGUCUUUAUGAAAAACUGUGUUAGUCUCAGUAGGAAAACCAAGACCAUGUAAACUCCUUGUGGGCAG